AUAUUCGUUAGGCAGCCACACUCCAAAUCCAACGGCUAUAAAUUAAUUUCCACCGUACAACUCUUAAAUCCAUCACACAAUAUUCUCGAGAUAAUCCUAAGAAACCAAAUCCCGAGGCACUCUCCCUUCUUCAUCUCCUCUUUCGGUUUCUAGGGUUUCCCAUCCCUAUAUAAGACUCCCACCGUCGCCGCGUUCCCUCGCUUGCUUCCCGGCUCUGCAACGCUUCUCUCGUAGGUGUUCAUUGGGUGUCAUCUUGGACCUGUCCUAGGGUUUUGUCUCGCUUCGAUCGGAGGUCUUAGAGGGCUGAAUCCAUGGCGGAUCGACUGACCAGGAUCGCCAUCGUCAGCCAGGACCGGUGCAAGCCCAAGAAGUGCCGCCAGGAGUGCAAAAAGAGCUGCCCGGUCGUCAAAACAGGAAAACUUUGUAUUGAGGUCACUCCUGCCUCAAAGCUCGCUUUCAUUUCUGAGGAGUUGUGUAUUGGAUGUGGUAUUUGUGUCAAGAAAUGCCCAUUUGAGGCAAUUCAAAUUAUCAAUUUACCGAGAGAUUUGGAUAAAGAUACAACUCAUAGAUAUGGACCAAAUACUUUCAAGUUGCAUAGGUUGCCUGUACCAAGACCAGGACAAGUUUUGGGGCUUGUGGGAACAAAUGGCAUUGGAAAAUCAACUGCCCUUAAAGUUCUUGCUGGGAAGUUGAAGCCCAACCUGGGCCGCUUUAAUAAUCCUCCAGAUUGGCAGGAAAUUUUGACAUACUUUCGAGGAUCUGAGCUUCAAAAUUACUUCACUCGUAUUCUAGAAGACAAUUUAAAGGCUAUCAUCAAGCCACAGUAUGUUGAUCACAUUCCAAAAGCUGUUCAAGGCAAUGUGGGACAGGUGCUUGACCAAAAGGAUGAGAGAAAAAUGAAAGCUGAACUUUGUGAUGACCUUGAGUUGAAUCAGGUUAUUGAUAGGAAUGUUGGGGAUUUAUCUGGUGGAGAGUUGCAGAGAUUUGCGAUUGCUGUGGUUGCUAUACAAAAUGCUGAAAUAUACAUGUUUGAUGAACCAUCAAGUUAUCUUGAUGUGAAACAGAGGCUUAAAGCCGCUCAAGUUGUUCGAUCAUUGCUCAGGGCUGACAGUUAUGUUAUUGUGGUUGAGCAUGAUCUCAGCGUGCUUGAUUACCUAUCAGAUUUUAUAUGCUGCUUGUAUGGGAAGCCAGGAGCUUAUGGUGUGGUUACUUUACCCUUUUCUGUCAGAGAAGGAAUCAAUAUUUUCUUGGCUGGUUAUGUUCCUACUGAAAAUCUGCGUUUCCGUGAAGAACAACUUACAUUUAGGGUUGCUGAAACUCCUCAAGAGAGUGCUGAGGAGAUCCAGACCUAUCAACGAUAUAAAUACCCUAGUAUGGUCAGAACUCAGGGCAAUUUCAAGCUUUCUGUGGUUGAGGGUGAGUUCACUGACUCUCAGAUUAUAGUAAUGCUGGGUGAGAAUGGAACCGGGAAGACAACCUUCAUUCGUAUGCUGGCUGGUCUUUUAAAGCCAGAUGCAGUGGAAGGCUCGGACAUUGAGAUACCUGAGUUCAAUGUUUCAUAUAAGCCCCAGAAAAUCAGUCCUAAAUUCCAAAAUAAUGUGCGGAAUUUGUUGCAUUCAAAAAUCCGGGAUUCUUAUAUGCAUCCUCAAUUUGUGUCGGACGUGAUGAAGCCUUUACAAAUGGAGCAACUAAUGGAUCAAGAAGUUGGGACUUUAUCUGGCGGUGAGUUGCAAAGAGUUGCGUUAGCUUUAUGCCUUGGAAAGCCUGCAGAUAUAUACUUGAUAGAUGAGCCAAGUGCUUACCUUGACUCAGAGCAGCGUAUAGUUGCUGCAAAAGUUAUUAAGAGGUUUAUUCUUCACGCUAAGAAAACUGCCUUCGUUGUUGAACAUGAUUUCAUUAUGGCGGCUUAUCUUGCGGAUAAGGUGAUAGUCUAUGAGGGGAAACCAUCUGUUGAUUGUACUGCCAAUGCUCCUCAGUCUUUAGUCUCUGGGAUGAACAGCUUCUUAUCUCAUCUCGAUAUUACCUUUAGACGAGAUCCAUCCAAUUACAGGCCACGAAUUAACAAGUUGGAUUCCACCAAAGACAGGGAGCAGAAGGCCGCGGGUUCCUAUUACUACCUUGAUGAUUAAUGUAAAAUAUACACGUGGUUUUAUACCAUUCACGGCAAUAUGGUUCUUCUAUCUCCAAUUAUCUAUAUCAUUGAGGAAAGCAAACAGCAAGCCUCGCAUGGAGAAGAUGUAUGCAGCACCUACACUGGUGAAACAAUUAUAUUUUUUCAGGUUUCUGUUUGGGAAUGACUUGAGUAUUAAAUAGAGCUGCAGCUGCUCUAGUUUAAGAAUGGUUCCUACUGGUAUUGACUACAAAUUUGUUCUUGCUAGAGUGGAGAAAUAGUGUUAUUUUGGUAAAUUACCUCCCUCUAAGGUUUGUCUGAGUUUUUUUUUCGCAUGAUUACUAGGAUGUUCUGAUAAAUGCCUACAUAGAUUCUUCUUUUAUGGAUUAGAGUCUUUAUGUUGAUAUAAGAGGUUGCAUAUUUUGUUCCGCCUCAUUUGAUGUGGUGAUUUGUUUUCAAUUUUGCACUCAUUUGGGAGUUGACUUUGGUUGUCUGUGAGCUUUUAUGUGGAAGUGCAUGGUUUUGUGUUCUGGUUCA